GCAGGUCACUGCAACACCACUUAAGUCAGGGAUUUCAAGGUAGACAGGUAGAUAUGGUGGAGGAAGGGUGAUGAGAUUUGCUGUUCGUUCCUUCCCAUCUGCCCGAUUAGUCUCGCUGCUCACAUAGCUGCGUGUUGAUACCGACUUUUUCUCAACUCCGCCAGUUGGUGCUGCCAGCUCUGGUGGGCUUGCUUGCCUGUAAACUGCUGUCUAUCUGUAUAUCAAGUCUCUCUGUUCUCGCUUUUGUUGUGGCGGACCUUUAUCUUUCCCAAACCGUACUAUUGGACACCGAUUACCACAAGUUUUCUUACAAUGGCCCAGCAACAAAUCUUUCUACUCGGUCCUCAAGUGACCAAUUGGACACGAGAGGCCCUGGCGGAACUACAACAAAACCUCCUGAAAAAUCCCACCCUCGACUUCAUCACUCAAGCCCUGUUAACCUUGCCCUCCCUCUCGUCUAUACUCGGACAACAGCUCGGGCUAGACUUUCACCCUGGCCGGAUUUUCCAUCUUCUCGCCGACUUUGCCCAAGGCGGGCAGCUUCUCUUAAACACCAAUGAUGAUUGGCGGCACAACACUUUGCUGGCCCCAUUGACAAUCGUGUCUCAAGCCGUAGACCUCGCCGUUCAGUUUGGAGGUCUUCCUAGAAACAAACUACCCUUAACACUGCAUCAGCAAGUUCAGGGCUUCUGCAUUGGCUGGCUGUCGGCAUCAUCUCUUGCUAGUGCGUCAACUUGGGAUGACUUCAAGCAUAAUAUUUCCGCUGCCUUGCGACUUGGGGCCUGUAUUGGCGCAGCAGUGGACGCCGAUUCCAGUCAGUGCCCUUCUGAUCACGCAAGGGCUAUUUGUGUGCGCCUGAGGAACCAGAGUGAUAGGGUGUUUCUGGAGACACUGCUGGACCAGAUACCGGAUGCCUACAUUUCUUGUUUUUUGGAUGAGGGCGUUCUCACCGUGACGGUGCCAAACAGCAAGCGACUUUGGUUGGAAGGACAGCUGCAGAGAGCUAGCCUGCCGUGGACCGAUAUUGGGCUUCAUGGCCAUUACCAUCACCUACGGCAUGAGGAGAGAGCCCAAACCCUCAAAAGAAUCUGUGCCUCUAUUGGGGAACUUCAGCUUCCCGCCGCCGCGGCCUUGCAAACACCAUUGAGAUCAACCGCUGAUGCCAACAUCGUCCCGCCGAACGCGACAUCACUUCACGAUAUUGCCAUCGAUCUCACGCUGUGCAAACGAGCCCACUGGUUACAAACUCUGCGCAACUGUGCCGAGAAAGCCGACAACUUCGUCUUCAUACCUAUUGGUUCCCAUACUGGAGGCCUUGUUCCGCGUUCGAUUACCCAUCCUCGCCCCUCACCCAGCACCUCGAUGCCAGAGGACGAGAUCGCAAUUAUCGGCAUGUCUGCUCGCUUCCCUGGCUCAGACUCCCUAUUAGACUUUUGGAACCUUUUGGUCUCAGGGAAGACUGCGUUUGGACCUCUUCCAGUGUCCCGUUUUGAUCCGACAUAUCCCAGCAUUGCCUCACGUCUGGCCGAAGCCAAAUACCAGGGGAACUUUCUCAGGGAUGAGGUUGUCAAGGGCUUCGACCACCGGUUCUUUGAUAUUGCUGGGCGAGCAGCUAAACACAUAGAUCCCCAGCAAAGGCUUGUCCUUGAGGUUGCAUAUGAGGCUCUAGCUACCGCAGGAUAUCACCAUAUCGAGACCCACCAGCAAAAGGAAGUGGGUGUAUACAUGGGCGUUGGUGAGGUUGAAUAUCAACAUAAUCUUGCCGGACACCAAGCAACUCCUUUCACUGCGGUGGGUUUGUUGAGAAGCUUCAUCAGUGGGAGAGUUAGCCAUUUCUUUGGCUGGAAUGGGCCUGUGGUUACAGUUGAUACUGCUUGUUCCUCAAGCGCUGUGGCUAUACACACAGCUUCGAAGGCUCUUUUGACAGGCGAGUGCGAACUUGCCUUGGCGGGCGGUGUGAACAUCAUCACCAGCCCCGAGUUGCACCAAGCUCUUGCCGCAGGCUCUUUUCUCAACCCCCACGGAGCAAGCCAUGCAUUUGAUAGCUCUGCCGCAGGGUACUGUCGAGGAGAAGGGGCAGGUAUAUUGGUGCUGAAGCCCUUGUCCAAAGCUGUUGCGGACGGUGACGCAAUUUUAGGAGUCAUCGGGGCUUCCGCCAUCAACCAAAACUCCAAUUGCAGUCCAAUCACUGUCCCAGAGUCGUCAUCACAAUGCUCACUAUACAAGAAAAUUCUGCAAACAGCAGGAGUGAGCCCGGGAGAAGUUACCUACGUUGAAGCACAUGGAACUGGCACACAAGUCGGGGACCCUAAGGAGUAUGAGAGCAUAAGAAUGGCUCUCUGUGGUCCCUUUCGCACCGAGCACCUGUUUGUCGGCUCCGCCAAAGACAGUAUCGGGCACUGCGAGGCUGCAUCAGGCGUGGCCGGCGUCAUAAAGACCCUUCUCAUGAUGCACCACAAGACCAUUCCCCCGCAGGCUGGGUUUGACACUCUCAAUCCUCGCAUUACCACAACCCCAGCAGAUAAGAUAAUCAUCCCCAAAGUUGCCCAGCCCUGGAGCCCAGUCCACCGACGAGUCGCACUUGUGAACAAUUACGGCGCUGCAGGUUCUAAUGCUGCUAUUCUUGUCAGGGAAUAUGAGGAACCAGCUUCCCAGCCUGUGCUGUCGGCUCCGACAUCCUACCCAAUACUUCUCGCGGCGAAGUCACCCAAUCAUUUGCAGUUCAUGAUUGCUGCGCUGAGGUCCUGGACACCACUCCCCGCAUCAUUUGGGGACAUUGCCUACAACAUUAACAAGUCCCAGAAUCCCCAGUUCCCUCACCGACUGGCCCUUACAGCCAGGAGUCACGAUGAUAUGGUUGCCUGUCUUGAGAAGACGGCAGCGUCCAUGCCCACCACUCAGCUACCAGUAGUGCUUGCAUUCGGUGGCCAAACAGGGCAGAGUGUUUCGAUUUCACAACGUCUCUACAAUUCAUGCCCUGUGUUGCGCAGACACCUUGACCACUGCAAUGAUGUCUGUGUUGCUCUUGCCCUUCCGGCAAUUGUGCCAAACAUUUUCACGUCCUCCGAAUCGGUUCCGGAUUUGCAUGACAUUGUUCGUCAGCACUGUCAAUUGCUGGCUUUGCAAGUUUCUACGGCCCGUUGUUGGCUGGAAUCCGGGCUGGAGACAUCCGACAUCACACUUGUUGGUCACAGUUUUGGCCAAAUAUCCGCCCUGGUUGUUGGAGGUUCCUUGACAGUCGAAGAUGGGUUCCGGUUUGUUGCCGGUCGCGCAAGCCUGAUUCGCGAUCACUGGUCGGAACCCGGAUGCAUGCUUUCUCUUGAGUGUCUUGAGCCUCAAGCCAGGGAAGUCAGAGACGCGGUCAACAAGAAUCUACAACAAACCGGCAGUAGGGUUGAAAUUGCAUGCUACAAUGGCCCGACAAGCUUUGUCCUCUCUGGCCACCAAGAGGCUAUCGCCCAGGCGAAAUACGUUUGUCAACAGCAGCAGAUCAAGUGCCUGCAGCUGGCAAGUACUCAUGCCUAUCAUUCACACAUGACUGAGUCAAUUCUCGCGAAGCUCACCGAGAUGGCUCGUCGUCUUGUUGUCAAAUCACCGAGUCUGAAAAUCGAGACUUGCACCCGCAAGACUUCGGAUUGGCAGUUCACAGCUGAGAGUUUGGUACAGCACACCAGAGAUCCGGUUUUCUUCGCGGAUGCCAUCGCUCGCAUCACUGCAUCAUACCCCCAGGGAGCCAUCUGGCUCGAGGCAGGCACCUCGUCACCAGUCAUCCCCAUGAUCAAACCGGUCAAGCGCAAUAACAACAAGACAGGAGGCAAAUCGCCAGACAUUUACUUACCCGCUGGCCUCCGCAACGAUGAUGCGAUGAUCAACAUUGGUGUGACCACAUCCCAGCUUUGGCAAGCUGGAUGCAGUGUGCGGUAUUGGCCGUUCCUCCAGCAUGGUCCUCAGAAUCGACACGCCUUUGUUCCGGUUCCUCCAUAUCAAUUCGACAGGACACAGCAUUGGAUUGACUACAAACCAAGGGGGUCGGAGGAAGCCGGUAAAACAGCGAAACGAGAUGCCGCUUCUGCAGAUCUCAUCACCCUGGUUGAAGCUGGAAACAAGAAGCACGUCUUCCAGGUCAACACCACUGCCGACUUUUACCAGCUCGCAGCAAAUGGACACGCCGUUACUGGACAUGGCUUGUGUCCCGCCUCAGUUUACCUGGAGCUCGGCGCCAAAUGCGUUGAAAUAGCUGCCGACAUGCCUCUAGGCGACCUGAUGAUGCCUCAUUUCGAGGCUUUGGCGAUGUCAUCCCCGCUUGGGAUUGCGACGAGCCACACGAAGACAACCGUAUCUCUGCAUCAGAAUGACAUCAAGUCAUGGUCGUUCAGCAUCUCCAGCCUGAAUGCUGAAGGCACUUCGACAGAGCAUACACGAGGCCGCAUAGCAUUGCCAUCUGGGGGCGCAGAUGCUCAGCUCUCAUCUAUGAGUAAAUUGUUUCGACGAUCUCGUGUCGAUCGUCUAAAUAGCCUGGAGACGUCCAGCAAGGUGGCAGGUCCGAUGGUCUACCAGUUGUUUUCGAGUGUGGUCGAAUAUGCCCCCUACUAUCAGGGCGUCAAAUCCUUGACGGCCCAUGGCGACGAGGCUGUGGGGUUAGUCGGUAUUCCUACUAUUUCGGAAUCUCCAGAUGGUUUCAGGUUGCCAAAGGGUAUUUGUGACCCCGUCACCCUGGACAACUUUCUUCAGGUGGCGGGUAUUCACGUUAACUGUCUUCGUCCCAGGGACGCUGGGCAAGUCUUCAUGUGCACUGCUAUCGAGGAAAUAAUCAUCUCACCAGCUUACAGACAAUCAUCGAUCAGCUGGAAGGUAUAUACCCGUUAUGAUACGGAACCAGAUUCUCGCUCGAUAAUAAACGACAUUCUGGUCUACGAUGGAACCUCCAAUGAACUGGUUGUCGCCAUCAUCGGGGCUACUUUCAGGGCAGUUUCCCUCAAGUCGUUGGAACGCACCCUAGGGCGACUGAAUGGCGCUUCACGUUCCUUCCCCUUGACUACACAACCCCAUCAAUCAUCGCCAACCGAGCCGACCCCGCCUAUGGAAGCCACCUUUACACCCAUCACCAAGACGAAUCCCGACCAGACUCCUCAAGUAACAAAAGACUCCAAGGCCCAGUCAUCAGUGGAUCAUGACAUCAGGAGGGUGCUCAGCAACAUCAUUGAGACGCCGGUCGACGAAAUUAAAUCCACGAGUACUCUUUCUGAACUUGGGGUCGAUUCUUUACUGGCUGGUGACGUGUUGGCUGAGAUCUCUAAUAUGUUUGGAGUCAAAGUCUCACAGCCUGAGCUGUUGGCAUGUUCCGACGUCGCAGCUCUCGUCGGCCUCGUGGGGAAACAGUCGACGGAACCAACAUUUUCCCAAUCAGCACCCAAAGUGUUCAGAAAUGACAGUUUUGAGACAACGGGAUCGGAUCCUUUGACUAGUUCAGAUCUAUUCGACUCGGAGAUUGACUCGAAUGAUUCAUCUUGCCCUACUGAUUUCACUGACGAAGAUAUCGCCACGAGCUCCGAGUCUGGCCACUGCAAGAAGAGUGGUUUAGAGGAUCUCGGGGGCGUCGCUGGUGUCUCGUUUUGUGAGGCUGCAGCCAAUUACACACGACAUGCUUCCGCCACUCGCUUCUCGAACUUUUGCAUGGACGUCUACCCAGUUCAGUCCCGACUCGUCACACAAUACGUCCUGUCCGCCUUUGGUAAUAUGGGCUGCCAUUUAAGCCUCAUCAAGCCAGGAUCAGAGGUUCCAUUCAUCGGUUCCUUCGAUCCUAAACACAGCAAGCUCGUCAGGCAGCUGUAUGAAAUCUUGCAAGACUCGAAGCUGAUCUCUGUUGAUGACCUGGGUAAAUUUUGGCGGACAAACACACCUCUCGAGACGACUUCCGCCGUUGACCUCCAAGCCACCAUACUCUCUCGGUUUCCGCAGCACACCUCCGAAGCCAAGCUUUUAGAUGCUACAGCCUCCCGGCUUUCGGCGUGCUUGACGGGCGCGGCCGAUCCAAUCGACAUCUUGUUCGGUACAUCUUCCGCCCGGGGGUUACUUGAAGACGUCUACCUCAACGCCCCCAUGUUCAGAACAGGUACCUUGGUUCUGGUUGAUUAUCUGUCUUCCCUUGUACGAAUGAGCACUCGAAAAACUAUCCGUAUUCUGGAGAUCGGGGCGGGAACAGGCGGCACAACACGACCUCUGUUACAUGCCCUGAGCCAGAUUGAGAGACCCGACAUGACAGUCCAAUACACCUUCACCGACCUGUCCCCAUCCCUUGUUGCAGCAGCAAAGAGAAGGUUUGCAUCUCUGAUGGCCUCUAGUGCUCGGGGAAAUGGGGUGGAAAUCGAGAUGCAGUUCACCACGCUGGACAUUGAAUCCCCAGACACAAAGCGGGACAAGCACUACGAUAUUGUCCUGUCGACAAACUGCAUACAUGCCACUGAAAACCUCAGCAUCUCGGCCAGUCAUAUUCGAGCGCUGUUGGAUCCAGUUAAAGGGGGCUUGCUAUGCUUGGUAGAGCUGACGAGGAAUCUUUACUGGUUCGAUCUCGUUUUUGGGCUAUUGGAGGGAUGGUGGAGAUUCAACGAUGGACGGACCCAUGCCCUGGCCGAUGAGCUGACCUGGGAAAGGAGUCUAAAGCAGGCUGGCUUUGCGUCUGUGGAAUGGAGCGAUAAUGGGACACAAGAGGGAAAGAUUUUGAGAGUCAUCACUGCCCAUGCCUUAUCCGAGCGAGAGCCCAAUAUCGGAGAGCAAACGAGGAUGGAGACGAUGCGCUUCAAGAGUAUCGGCGGUGUCGACUUGAUGGCAGACAUAUAUUACCCAGAUACACUAUCUGAUAUUUCAGCGGCGCCUCGUCCCAUAGCUUUGAUGAUUCAUGGCGGGGGCCACAUCAUGCUCUCACGAGCCGACAUUCGACCUUGUCAAACUGAACUUCUUCUCUCCAAAGGGUUCCUUCCGGUCAGCAUUGACUACCGCCUUUGUCCCGAAACGACUCUCCAAGAAGGCCCAAUGUGUGAUACCGUCUCCGCCCUCUCAUGGGUGAGGAAUACCCUUCCCUCUCUUCCUCUGGCGAGAUCCGAUAUUCGGGUCGAUGGUGAGAAGGUCGUCGCGAUUGGCUGGAGCACCGGUGGCCACUUGGCUAUGAGUCUGUCGUGGAAAUCGGCCGAGUUUGAUGUUAGACCACCAGAGGCCAUUCUCGCCGUUUAUUCUCCUUCGGACUACAAGGACCCCUUCUGGACUCAACCAAACAUUCCGGAAGGGUCAGAGUCGAUGUUCCCUAUCGCGGCUGACUCCGUCUUUAUGACACUUGACCAACCCAUCACGGCAUACAAUCCACCAUUUUCAGCCAAGGCGGUGGGUGGCUGGAUGUCAGUCGUUGAUCCACGCUCCAGGUUGGCAUUGUACAUGAAUCAUCAUGGCAAAACACUCGAGGUUCUUCUGCGUGGAGUUUCUGCGAUCAAUGGAAAAAGAGAGGUGUCUGAGGAGGAGGUUACGGCGGUGUCUCCAUUGGCCCAGGUGCAACAAAAUCGGUACAGAACACCGACCUUUAUCGUUCACCCUCGGCUAGAUGACUUGAUACCAUGGCAGCAAGCCCAACGGAUGCACCAGGCUCUCAAAGAACGAGGUGUUGAUGCUGAGUUGAGAAUUGUUGACGAGGGAGCAAAGCACUUGUUUGAUGUCGGUAAAGGAUGGGAAAGGAGGCAUCCGCAGGGCUCUAAGGUGGUGCGAGAGGGAUUUGAGUUUCUAGUGAAGUAUGUUGAUGGGGUUUGAGGGAGGAAGUCUGGGAAAUGCGCUGUGUAAAACCAUCACAGCAUAACUACCUACCUAUAUCGGGCAUCAAAGCACAUCUACCACUUGAGCUGCUAAAUCAAUGUGUUUUCUCCAGCAAAUGCAC